GGGCCAAAUGUUUUUAUCUUUAUUCAUUUUUCCAGUACUCAUAUAGUGGCGCAAUGCGGGCUUAAACCCACAGUAUUAUUGAGGACUGAGUAGUCCGAUCUGUCCUUGAGAAUGAAAUUUGCAGUUGAAGGUUGUAUGCACGGUGACCUCGACAAUGUCUACAGAACGCUCCAACACAUCGAAAAAGUUCAAAACAUCAAAAUCGACCUCCUCCUCUGCUGCGGGGACUUUCAGGCUGUGAGGAAUGAGAAGGAUUUGGAGAGCUUAAGCGUGCCCCCAAAGUACCGUGCCAUGAACUCGUUCUGGAAGUACUACUCCGGCGAGGAGAUUGCUCCGUAUCCGACCAUAUUCAUCGGAGGCAAUCACGAAGCUUCUAAUUAUCUGUGGGAAUUGUACUACGGAGGGUGGGCGGCCCCUAAUAUCUACUUCUUGGGGUUUGCUGGGGUUGUCAAGUUCGGUAACAUUCGCAUUGGUGGCCUCUCCGGGAUUUAUAAAUCGCGAGACUAUCGUUCUGGACACUAUGAGAGGCCUCCUUAUAAUGAGAAUACCAUCAAGUCUGUAUAUCAUGUCCGUGAGUAUGAUGUCCACAAACUCAUGCAAGUUGAGGAACCAAUCCAUAUUUUUCUUUCACAUGAUUGGCCUCUUGGUAUCACUGAUUGUGGGGACUGGAAGCAACUUGUCCGAUACAAACCUCAUUUUGAGACCGAGGUUCGGGAAAGAACUCUGGGAAGUAAAGCUGCUGCUCAAUUGCUAGAAAAAUUGAAACCACCCUAUUGGUUUUCAGCUCACCUACACUGCAAAUUUGCUGCUCGUGUUCAACAUGGGCAAGAUGGUCCCGUGACGAAUUUUCUUGCUCUUGAUAAGUGUCUUCCAGGAAAGAAAUUUUUGCAGGUUCUUGAUGUUGACUCAGAGCCAGGGCCGUAUGAAAUUCAGUAUGAUGAAGAAUGGCUAGAAAUUACUCGAAGAUUUAACCCUGUUUUCCCUCUCACAAUCAGGAGUGCAAAUUUUGGGGGUGUACAUAUUGACAAGCAAGAUUAUCGUCAAUGGGUAAGGAGUAAGCUACAAGCAAGAGGAGCCCGACCUUUUGAAUUCAGCCAGACAGCUCCAUCUUAUAAUCCCUCUAAUUCUGUCUCAUAUGCUUCUUUGCCUGGAUAUACUCGGAAUCCUCAAACAGAAUCUUUAUUGCAGUUUCUGGAACUCCCUUAUCUUCUUGAUGACACAUCAGAAUCGUCAGAAGUAUUCAAGGGUCCUUUUCCAUCAAGCGAUAGAGAUGACAGCGAAGAGAUUCCCAUUGAUGAUGUGGAUGAGUUAGAAGAGCUUGCUGAAGAGGCUGGAGAUGAAAGACAAACAACCUUCUCCUUUACACAUAAAAUCCUCUUGUUAGUGUGGUUAUGUCAGGCUUCCUGUGCAAGUGCACACCUCACAUUGAACUUCUACUCAACUUCAUGCCCUUCUGCUGAACUCAUGGUCAGAGGCACAGUCAGAUCAGCUUCAAACAUUGACCCUACUGUCCCAGGGAAGCUCUUACGGUUGCUCUUCCAUGACUGCUUUGUGGAGGGUUGUGAUGCCUCUGUGCUUCUACAAGGAAAUGGAACUGAGAGAAGUGAUCCAGCGAACCAAUCUUUGGCAGGAUUUUCAGUUAUUGAUACAGCAAAGAGACUGCUUGAAAUUUUAUGUCCAAGAACUGUUUCUUGUGCUGACAUUGUUGCUUUGGCUGCUAGAGACGCAGUUGAAAUUACUGGAGGGCCCCUGGUUCAUAUUCCAACUGGUAGGCGAGAUGGGAAGGUUUCAUCAGCUUCAAAUGUCAGGCCAAAUAUUGUAGAUACAAGCUUUACAAUGAAUGAGAUGAUAAAGCUCUUCUCUUCUAAAGGGUUGUCUUUGCAUGACCUUGUAACCCUCUCAGGAGCUCACACUAUAGGAGCCGCUCACUGCAGUGCAUUCAGUGACCGAUUCCAACAAGACUCGAAAGGAAAAUUCAGACUCAUUGACACAUCUUUAGACAAUGGUUAUGCAGAGAAACUCAUGAAACAGUGCCCUGCAGGCGCAAACCCAUCUACAACAGUAAAAAAUGAUCCUGGAACAUCCUUUGUGUUUGAUAAUCAAUACUACCGCAAUCUGUUGGCCCAUAGAGGGCUGUUUCAAUCAGAUUCUGUACUGUUCACCGACAGUAGAUCAAGCCAGCAAGUGGAGAAUUUUGCAGAAGACCAAGUUAAUUUUUUUGAGAGUUGGGUUCAGUCCUUCUUGAAGCUUACUAGCACUCAUGUUAAGACAGGUGAUGAAGGGGAAAUUCGAACGUUUUGUGCAACAGCUAAUACAUGA